GUAGAUAAUUUGUCACAAUGUCAGAGGGUCAGGAAACCGAUAAGAACAUUGAAAUAUGGAAAAUUAAGAAACUUAUCAAAGCAUUGGAAGCUGCAAGAGGCAACGGUACAAGCAUGAUCUCUCUUAUCAUGCCGCCUCGUGAUCAAAUCUCGCGUGUAACUAAAAUGCUCGGUGACGAGUUCGGAACCGCUUCCAACAUCAAAAGUAGAGUUAACCGCCAAUCGGUUCUAGGUGCCAUAACUUCAGCACAACAAAGGCUCAAGCUGUACAACAAGGUUCCACCAAACGGGCUCGUGCUCUACACCGGAACCAUAGUCACCGACGACGGAAAAGAGAAAAAAGCCACAAUCGACUUUGAACCAUUCAAGCCGAUUAACGCUUCACUUUACCUUUGCGACAAUAAAUUUCACACCGAAGCUUUAAACGAGCUCCUGGAGUCUGACGACAAAUUCGGUUUCAUCAUUAUGGACGGAAACGGGACCCUUUUCGGGACAUUAAGCGGCAACACGAGGGAAGUUUUACACAAAUUCACCGUCGAUUUACCGAAAAAACACGGGCGAGGAGGUCAAUCUGCGCUUCGAUUUGCACGUCUUCGAAUGGAGAAACGUCACAACUACGUGAGAUAAA